CACAAUGUGUCUUCAACUGACAUCUGGUUGCAAAACAAAAACAAACUGCUAUUAAGGACUUUUUUUUUUUCCAUUUUUCCCUCCUUAGUUCUUUUCUUCCAUCUUCCUCUUAUCUCUGGAAGCUCCAUCCAUAUUGGAAUAGGCAGCAAUUAUUCCAAUCUCUAUGAACAGAGCAUUCUGCCAUGUAAAAAAGAAGAACUACAGUGUGGUGACGGACUCUGUCUCUUAAACUGGCUACGCUGUCACUAUAAGAAGGACUGUGGCAGAGACUACAUGUCCAUCAAACUAACAUGCUCAAAAGUUCAUUUGAACCAGAGCAGUCCAACCAGUGAAUUCCCCAGCUACAGUGAAAAUGGAAAUGAUACCAGUUUACUUGUUUCACCCCUUCUGGUGGCUGGAGUAGUGAUUGGACUUGUGCUAUUUCUAUCCUGUGUUACAAUCAUUGUUGGCAGUCUGCGAAAGGACGGACGGUUAAGACACCCACAUCUGAGGAGAGAUGCUGUUUACGCUCCAGAUGGCUUCUCUUAUGGUGGCUCUUUUGGAGAGCUGAGAUCCACCUGCAUGGAGGAGUUUCCCCCAGCUUUUGAUUUUGGUUCCUAUCUGGAUACACUUUCUCAGGUCAACGUCAUGUAUCCUGAUUCACCACCACGCUACGAUGAAUGCGUGGGGCCAGGAGCAACACAAAUAUAUAUUCCCACAGACGAUCCCCCCCCAUAUUCUCUUACGGACCCUUGUGAAAGAAAUGAAAUAUCAAUAAACAUUAGCCUGGAAGAGGAAGCAGCAUCUGGGACUACAGGACAGGCUGCAAAUUAUGCAGUCAGGCUGCAGGACUUGGAGCAGCCUAUUUCAUCCAUCUCUUUGUCAUCUCUCACACUGGAGGCUGCUCCCCUGUAUGAGACAGUGGUGUGUGAACAGAAUAUCCCCAUCCCACUUGUUCCAAUGGAAGUACUGAAAAAUUCUUCCACUGACUAUCAGAGCCUUCUGAACCAAAUCAUGUGAAUAAGUGGCUCUCCCCUUCAAUUCUUUUAAAGAACUCAAACCAACAAAAACAUUUAAAUGGAAGAAUAAAACCUCUGAAAGUUUUACCUAUUUUAUAUCUUUAAACAGGGAUGCAAUGGGAUUUUUUUACAGUGAAUUUUGAAAGUUUACCGACUUCUCUCUUUGUGCUUCAAAGUGUUCCAUGACAUCACACAGCAUAGAAGAGCAGCAGUGACAAGCAGUGCAUCUGACCUUUUUGAAGCGUUUCAAAACACAUUGAAAUCAGCGGCUCUUAAUGUAGAUACAUGUUAUCCAGUCAAGCUUACUUGUUGAUUUUAUGAUACUUUGCAUGUUUUAGAGCAGAAGGAAAAAGAAGAGCAUUUUGUUGUCUUUGUAGGUGUCACUAGUACAUUUCAUUCAGUGUCUUGGCAACAAAGCAUUUUUUAAAUAAUUCUUUGUCUAAAUAUAUAUUUCAGUAGACAGAGACAGAACACUGCCUGCAAAACAUGACUGUCAGUACCAUAUAGGAGUAAAAGAAAAAGAGUAAUACUUUGAUAGUCACAUUUUUCCUUUAGAAAGCCUGGCCAGUACCAGACUUUCCAGACCACUGCAAAGCCUGCUGUAAGUCUUCCUCAAAAGAAACCAGCAGCAAGCGAUGGAGAGGUGGCAGUGGAUCCCCAAAGACCAAUUGGCUUUACCUAUGGAAGCUGUACUACAGCUGUGUGCAGGCCUGGCAGCUGCAUGCCCUUCCCGGGGACUUGCUCUAGCCAAAGGCAGGGCAGUGUCUGGAAGCCCAGAAGAUGCUUCAUGCCAGUUUCCAAUCGUGAUGGCAUUUUCAGGCACUAACUGGUCUCUUUCUUCAGUAAAGAGCCUGUAGUGUCACAAAGGACCUUGACCUCUAGUGGUUGCAUUAGUGUGAUGUAAAUAAUAGAUGCUGGACUUGGCAUGCACAGUAACAGAGAACCUUACUUUGUGCAGAAACCUCUUUUAUUAGGCAUGAUCCUUUUCACUGAAAUUUUGCUACUCACAAAUCUAGUCUGUGUUCAUAGACCUGGACUUCUCACACGUUCAUAUGAUAAAUGCAUACAAGUUGGAGAUGCACACUAGCAGAAACAGCAGAGGUAAACUGAAGAGGUGAGAGUUUAAUCUUGCAUGGUACAGAAGCACCCUAUCUCCACACAAGGACUAACCUACAGCUUCAACCAGUACUAGUUAGCAGUUAGUGGAGAGGGUCUUCUCCACUAAACCUCUUAGAGGUAUUUUCACUGAAAAAAAAAAAAAUUAUGCUGAUAAAAUGGACUUCAGUUUACUACCCCCACUGAAAGUUAUGUAAAAAUGAGUAUAGUAAAUAUAUAACUCUGUUUAAAAGGAAGUAUCAUUCAAAUUAUUAAAAUUGCACUUAGAUUUUCUGUAAAUACUAAAUAAUUUUCAACUGUAAUCAUCAUUCAACACUCCAAAGAUUGACACAAUUAUAAUUAAUACUUAGAUGGGAAGUAAUUAUAUGGUUCUUACUGCUGUAUAAAUUAUACCAUUACUGAGUCAUAUGCACAUGAUGAGAUAAGGUAAGUAUGUAUUUUUUGCCAAGUAGAUGAGAGUAAAUAUGUAUUUUGCUAAAAUAACAGAAUUCUUUUGCAAUUCAGCAAGAUUUUCAAUAUUCUUGGUGUACUAUACCCAAAACAACAAAAUUUCACAAUUGUGCAUUACAGAACUGCUAGCAGGCACUGCCAGAAUGUAGACUAUAUUUUACAGACAGAUCUAUUCCUCUGUAUAAAGUACUAGUGUAAACAGUUUUGUGGUAUGCAAAGUAUCCUGCAAUAAGAGGCACAAAACUAAUAGAUGAUAUGGGGCCAGAAAUGAAAACCCCACAUAGAAAUGUACCAGUCAGUUUUAUUGGCAGGAAAAUAAAAAAGAAAGCACAGAGGUUUAUUUAUGCAGAAUAGGACAUGCUUUCAUAGCUGUGUCUUCCUGCAGCUCUUGGAGACCUGCCUAGAACAGGGUAAGGCACCGGGACCAGACCCUGCUUACUUCAGUCUGCUAUUGGGGAGGUGGAGGGGGAAGUCUAAUAAAUAGAAGGCAAAUGUGAUUUUUUUUUUUUUUCCCUGAAAGUGAGUCUUUCUCUUACCUAUAACAUGGCAAACCUGAAGUCUCUUCAUAUCUGCCAGGCAAGUCUCUACUCUUAAGUAUCUGUAACAAGAGUUUCUGUGUAUUUUUGGACAUCCUUUCAACCUGCUUGGCUUUUAACCUGACAGGGAUUCAUGGCCUUCCACUAACUUUCUAUCUGUGGUUUAAAAAAGUAAAUUAAGUAGACCUCUGAUGAAAAAGAGAUUUGUAUUUUACCUUAUGAUAGAAAUGCAUUACUAAGAUUACAGAAAAUAAUCAAAGUCUUUCUUCAUUUGAUAAGAGUUACACAUCCUUAGCAUUGCAAUCUGGAUUGUGUGUAGCAGCAUUACUUAAAAACAGCUGUCUACUCCCUCUUGUGGUAUACUGCUUUAUAAAGUCGAGACAUCUAGUUAUUACACUACACAGAGUUCACGGUGAGGGACCCUCCAUCAGAAUAAUCCCAGCUUCUUUGUCACGCAGAUAUGGAAGCCAGCCAAAACACAGAUGCAUACUGUAGCAUUUUUCUAAGUUACCACUAAAUGCAUAGGCCAUGUCAUUCAUUAUAAACAAGUAUCUUUAAAAAAAAAACCAAACUGUGAAUUCAAAGUAGAGUAUGCUACAUUCCGUGAUAUCACAAUCACUUGCAAAUGUGGCUUAGAAUUUUCUGCUCAUUAAUCUUUUUAACUAGGUGACAUUCAACAAAGUUGUCGGAAGAAAGCUUAUAAAUCCAACCCAUAUACCUCCGCAAACAGACAAUACU